GCGAGGGCACAGAGAGGCAGAGCCUGCACUCCAGCUCCACGUUCACUGAGGCACACACGGCCCCGGCUCCAGCUCUCGCCACUUUCCCACUUUUUCCCUUUUGACGGAGUCUUUCCCUCUUGGGCAAUAAGCAGCCAUGGACGCCAUCAAGAAGAAGAUGCAGAUGCUCAAGCUCGACAAGGAGAACGCCUUGGACAGAGCUGAGCAGGCCGAGUCAGACAAGAAGGCGGCGGAGGACAGAAGCAAGCAGUUAGAGGAUGAAAUAAGAGAGUUGGAAAAGAAAAUGCGUGUGACUGAGGACGAGCGAGAUAAAGUGUUUGAGGAGUUCCAAACUGCCGAAGAGAAGCUGCUGAGCGCCGAGGAGGUCGCCGCCAAGGCUGAGAGCGAUGUGGCCUCCCUCAACAGACGCAUCCAGCUGGUUGAGGAGGAGUUGGACCGUGCUCAGGAGCGUCUGGCCACUGCUCUAACCAAGCUGGAGGAGGCCGAGAAGGCUGCCGAUGAGAGCGAGAGAGGCAUGAAGGUCAUUGAGAACAGGGCCAUGAAGGAUGAGGAGAAGAUGGAGAUCCAGGAGAUCCAGCUCAAGGAGGCCAAGCACAUCGCUGAGGAGGCUGACCGUAAAUACGAGGAGGUGGCUCGUAAGCUGGUCAUCAUUGAGAGUGACCUGGAGCGUACAGAGGAGCGUGCCGAGCUGUCAGAAAGCAAAUGCGCUGAGCUGGAGGAAGAGUUGAAAACCGUGACCAACAACCUGAAGUCACUGGAGGCCCAGGCUGAGAAGUACUCGCAGAAGGAGGACAAGUACGAGGAGGAGAUCAAGAUCCUCACCGACAAGCUGAAGGAGGCCGAGACCCGUGCUGAGUUCGCUGAGAGAUCAGUCGCCAAGCUGGAGAAGACCAUUGAUGACUUGGAGGAUGAGUUGUAUUCUCAGAAACUGAAGUACAAGGCCAUCAGCGAGGAGCUGGACCACGCCCUCAAUGACAUGACUUCCAUAUAAAUUGUUUACAUCUCAUCAAAGACGCCUCCCUCCGGCGGAGUGGCAUCUGUCUGCUCUCUCCAGCCUUCCCUCCAUCUUCCUUUCCCUCUCCAUCUGUGCUCUCCCCGUCCUCAUGUUUGUUCUCAUCCUCAUGUCAAAGUCCAUCCUAUCUCUUGUACAGAAUCCUAAAAUCGUUCUGCGUUGUGUAAAAAGAAUAAACCUCAUCCCUUCCAUGUACGCAGUAUCUCUUUUCUGUCCCUUUUCCCUAUUUAUUCCCACUUAAAGCCUUGUUUUUUCUUUCAACAUCUCAGUUGCCCUUGCUUUCAUUGUUUAGGUCGGUGGCAGGCGAGAACUUAAAUAAACGCUGAGUCAAUUUAGCUUCUCUUGUAACAGUCGAGACUUUUCGGCAACAAGUACUGUGACGGGGAAUUCUACUUUGGCUGUUUGAGGAUGGGGAUUGGAUUAUGAUCAGGAAGAUUUUGGUCAAGUAGUGAGAUGAUGGAGAACAUCUGGUCGGAUGAAACAGAAGCUUUGUGCGCAUCUCUGUUGCAAGAUUAUGACGCGGGCAUUGUACGUUACGCAGCAUUUCAAUAAAUGUACAAUCUAAACGC